CGCGAUGGGGCUCCCGGACUCGCAGUCGGGCGGGGUCCUCAGCGCGAUGUCCACGGCGCUCAACGACACGAUGGAGUUCUACCGCUGGACCUGGUCCAUCGCAGAUAAGCGCGUGGAGGACUGGCCCCUGAUGCAGUCGCCCUGGCCCACGCUGAGCAUUAGCACGCUCUAUCUCCUGUUCGUGUGGCUGGGUCCCAAGUGGAUGAAGGACCGGGAGCCGCUCCAGAUGCGCUUCGUGCUCAUCGUCUAUAAUUUCGGGAUGGUUUUACUGAACCUCUUCAUCUUCAGAGAGUUGUUCAUGGGAUCCUAUAAUGCAGGCUACAGCUAUAUUUGCCAGACUGUAGACUACUCCAAUAAUGUUAAUGAAGUCAGAAUAGCCGCUGCCUUAUGGUGGUACUUUGUGUCUAAAGGAGUGGAAUAUUUGGACACAGUGUUUUUUAUCUUGAGGAAGAAAAACAACCAAGUGUCCUUCCUUCACGUGUAUCACCACUGCACAAUGUUCACGCUCUGGUGGAUUGGGAUCAAGUGGGUUGCCGGGGGACAAGCGUUUUUCGGGGCCCAGAUGAACUCCUUCAUCCACGUGAUCAUGUACUCCUACUACGGGCUCACGGCCUUCGGGCCUUGGAUCCAGAAGUACCUGUGGUGGAAGCGCUACCUCACCAUGCUGCAGCUGGUCCAGUUCCAUGUGACCAUCGGACACACGGCGUUGUCUCUGUACACCGACUGCCCCUUUCCCAAGUGGAUGCACUGGGCUCUGAUCGCCUACGCCAUCAGCUUCAUAUUCCUCUUCCUCAACUUCUACGCCCGGACGUACAAUGAGCCUAAGAAAGCCAAACAUGGGAAAGUAGCCACGAAUGGUAUUGCAGCCAAUGGUGUGAGCAAAGCAGAAAAACAGCUAGUGUUAGAAAAUGGCAAAAGCCAGAGAAACGGAAAGGCAAAAGGAGAGUAAAUUGAACGGGGCCUUAACUGUGCUUAGCAGUGAGAAAACUCCUAUGUCACAUAGAAUUUCAGGGACAGCAGAAGCAGAGGGUUUGGGGUGGGGAGAAAAGGCAAAUGUGCUCUGUGUACCAGAAACCUUUAGGCUGAGCAAGCAUUCCGUACAAUACCCAGAUGUUUUAUUUAUAACGUUUUUAUUUUAGACCUUUUUUUUUUUUUAUUAGCCUUGAUAUUCACACCAAAGCAGUGGCACCGUGGCUUUGGGCGCCCCCGCCACGCCCACCGGGCCGGGGGUGGAGAUUUCACGUGUGUUGCGAUCACCCAUCCUUCAGCCUGGAUUUUUAGAUGAUCACAGAAACACAGUCUUCAGGAAUUCUUUUUUUCUUUUUAGCUAACUCCCCAUUUGCACUUACUAAUUAGAAUCGGUUACCUUCCAUUCUCUUGCCCAACGAUGGAAACGUGGAUGGCGACAUUUGAAUUUGUUUCUUGUCCAUGAUGGUCAGCUCUCUCCACCUCUGUAGUUAGAAGAUUCCCUUUGGGUUGUAAUUAAAUUUUUAAAAAUCUGCUGAUCUCUGUAGAAUCUUAGAGGCUUGAUGAUGAUGGUGUUGGUGAAAAAAUACAAAAGAACAGGCAAAUCCCUUCCUGGUGGCCUCAGGUGACCAGAUGCGUGGCACAAAUCAUUGUGGGAAACAUUUUUUUUUCUUUUUGAUGAAAAGGCAGCCUUUGAAUACUCCUAUCAUUAGCAGCAAUCUAUUAUGAAAGUUAAGAUUAUUGUCUGAUUGAAACAUGAAACAACUCAUACCUUACUAGUGACAUCGUAAGAUAGUUACAUUCAUGUACAGUUAGAAAUCUGAGAGCAUGUUGAUUUUUAUCAGGCUUUUCUUGUUUUGAUUUGUGGCUGUUAUUGAUUUUUCAUAUGUGGAAAUAUACCUACCUCUUCUGU